AGGGGAUACAUGCAGCCAGGGAAGAGCUGCUGCCAGCAGUCUGGGCUGUGAUAGCAGCGGGCACUGGGCAGAUUGGUCUUGCAGCAGUCAUUGCUGCUUGUUGUGUUUGGGGUGGGGGAAGGCUAUUGCAUCUGGUCACCCAUCUCCUCCUCCUCCUCCCUCUCUCUCUCUCUGGCUUGGUGCAGGCUUGUGUGUGUGUGAUCUCGCUAUGUCGGAUGACGAUUCCAGGGCCAGCACCAGCUCAUCUUCAUCAACCUCCUCCAGCCAGCAGAUAGACAGGGACACCGGCAGCCAGCACAGCAAUAGCAGCAGCAACUCCAACAGCAGCAGCGGAGGCGGCACCAAGAAGAAGGACAGCAAAGUCAGCAUGAGCAAGAACUCCAAACUCCUGUCCACCAGCGCCAAGAGGAUUCAGAAAGAACUGGCAGAUAUCACUCUGGAUCCUCCCCCUAACUGCAGUGCUGGUCCAAAAGGAGACAAUAUUUAUGAAUGGCGAUCCACCAUCCUGGGUCCUCCGGGCUCUGUUUAUGAGGGAGGCGUGUUUUUCCUGGACAUUACAUUCACACCUGAAUACCCUUUUAAGCCUCCAAAGGUGACCUUUCGGACAAGGAUCUACCACUGCAACAUUAACAGCCAAGGAGUGAUCUGCCUCGAUAUCCUGAAAGAUAACUGGAGCCCGGCACUAACCAUUUCUAAAGUUCUCCUCUCCAUCUGCUCACUGCUCACAGAUUGCAACCCUGCUGACCCUCUUGUCGGAAGUAUCGCCACCCAGUACAUGACGAACAGAGCAGAGCAUGACAGAAUGGCCAGACAGUGGACCAAGAGAUAUGCCACAUAGAUACGCUUUCACACGCCACCAGUCUGUGUGAGAUGACAAGAGCUGCUUGUUCAUUGAGCAAUGGAGGGUGGGAAUCUAUAAAGAAUAGGUUAUUUCUAUAACAGAUUUUAUUCAGUCUUUUAUUUCCAGAGAAUUUUGUUAUUGUAACUUAAGGUAUCUUUCUGCAGCAACUGACUGGAACGAGUCAUAACAUCAUUGCAAAACAGACAUUAAGCCUCUGAGAAAGUAUCUAAUGAGGAGUACAAAGAAUGUAAAGUUGUUGUCCCCCCAUUUUUGUUCUGGAUGCGAUAUGUAAACUAUUGAAGCAAUUUAAUUUUGUACAUUUAAGCUGAUUAUACUGUAGACCUCUGUGUUCUGUUUUUGUUGAUUGAUUGAAUGACUAUUUUGUUGUGUAUGAGCUGCGGUGUGUGCGUGAGGAGGAUAGCCACCAUGAGGGGCCCAGAGUCCUGAGGAAUUGGUUAUCUGUAUUAUGAAAACAUUUUACACUUUAUAUCAUUUUUCUUCCUUUUUGUAUGUUGGUGAAUAUUGACCAGAGGUGUUACCUAAACCUGUAGUUAAAUACCUUAAGCUGUUUAAUUGUAAAAGUGGAUAAGAGUUUACUCCCGUGGAUUGGUUAUAUGUUGUAGGCUGGUGAAGUCUGCAUUUGUUACUGUGCUAAUAAAAGUGGAGAAAGUA